AUGGAAUGGAAUGGUAAUCUUAGAGUGCCUAUAGUUUCUCUACCGGAUCAUUCUUUCAGCUUCCUCUACAACUAUAAUUAUGAUCAACUUCAAGGUUUAGAUAUGAAGAACUCAAUGCAGACACAAGUGCUCCCAACAGUGAAAAAGAUGAACAAUUAUUGGUGCAGCCAAGAGAAGAAGAAAAGAUUGAGCAGUGAGCAGUUGGAGUCAUUGGAGAAUAGUUUCCAAGAGGGGAUUAAGCUGGAUCCUGACCGGAAAAUGAAGCUGGCCAAGGAACUAGGGCUGCAGCCACGACAAAUUGCAGUAUGGUUCCAGAAUAGGAGGGCUCGGUGGAAGUCACAGCAGCUUGAGCGCUUGUACGAUGCCCUUAAGCAGGAGUACGAUGAUGUAUCUAGGGAGAAGCAGAAGCUACUAGAGGAGGUUGUGACAUUGAGAGCAAUACUCGAGGAACAAGUAACAAAGAAGCAAGUCUGCAUAGGUUACAAUGCAGAAGUUUCGGUAGAAAGCACUUCGAUUCCGACCUCGUCUGAUAAUCCUAGAGGAUCAAGCAGUACCCAUCAGAACAUCCCAGAUCGGUCCAACUAUGUUGUGAACGUAGAUGGCUAUGAUCAGAUCAUGCCUCCAUCUUGGAAUGUUCUUCAGCCUUUUUGCCCUUGA